UGUUUGUGUAAUAAAAAGCUCAAGAAAUAUAUUGAGCAAUGUCAUCAUACUGCGCACAUAACAUAAUUAUACAGUUUCGCAUUCUUAUACUUUUAGGAUUUUGGUGGUAAUUUUAGAGAAAAAAUUGGUUGUGUAUAAUUUAUUUUGGGCCUAUGGGCCUAUUGAUUCCAAAGCCUCAUACAACUCCAAUGGGUUGAAUUGAAUUAUCCAAUGAAACCUAUUAGCUGAUAGUUACAAAUCUCACCAGUCUGCGGGUCAAAUCAAAAGAAAGCUGACGAGUGACGUAAGGUAAUCCAACGGCUAAAACAUAAUCCCAUCUAACGGCGAGAAAAGAAAGUUGAACUUUUUGAGCAUGAAAGAGAAUGUAGCACAAGUUUCUCUCUCCCUCCAUUUUCAGGCAAGGAAGGAGAAUCGUCCUCUUUCGAAAUUAAUGAGUCUUACAAUUUUCUUUUGUCUUUUUCUUUUGUCUGACUCGUCUUUCUCCCCUUGCAUAAGCUCAGACACUCAGACCGUACAGAGAAAAAAGGAAAGAACCGGAAUAUCUACUAUUUUCCGGUGGAGACACGCCGGAGGAGAAGAAACAGCCACCGGCGUCAACUGGAUAUCGAUCUUGAGAGAGUCUCAUGCAAAAAUUCCUUCUUUGAUGGCCGAUCCUUGUUUUUGCCUAAAAACUAGGGUUCACGGCUCUGAUAUUAUGGUGAUGGAAGGGGACCAAAAAGAUGAGGGGGUUCUCAAAACUCUAGACCAGAUUGAGGAAAAGGCUUUAUCAAUUCUCAAGUUUUCGGGUCUGUUUGAUGACAUGAUAGGCUCGUUGGAGAAGAAGGAGGAACGACUGAGAGAGGUUGAAGCGAGGGAGAAGGAAAUUAGUUUGCUUGAGGAGUCGAUUUCUGAUAGAUUAGGAGUAUUAGAGGAGAAAGAGAUGGAUUUUGAUUUGAGAAAGGUCAUUGAAGCAACCCUCAUGAGCUUGGUGUUUGAGAAGCAGAGUGAAGAAGUAGCGACGCACUUUGAGAAACAUGAGGAUAAGCUUGGUUUGCUUCACCAUUCGAUGACAAAGAAACUUGAGCAUAUAGUGAGUGAGUUUGAAGCGAAGAAAGAGGAAGCUCGCGGGAUUUCCGAGUCAAUCCAUGAGAAGUUGUGGGAGUUAGAGAAGGCAGAGAAGGAUUUAGUUUUGCUACAAAGAGCUGAGGCUGAGAAAUGGAAUGAGGAAAGUGAGUCGAUGGGGGAAUCCCGGAAGAAACUUGAAGCAAUGGAGAAGGAGCUGAAGGGAAAGGAGGAUGCUUUUGAGGCGAAACAGAAAGAAGAAGCUGAGAAAUUGAGAGAGGAGACUGAGAGGUGGAACGAGGAAAGGAAGCAACUUGAAGUAAGGAAGAAUGAGCUCAGCUCACUUGAGGAAGCUACCAAAGAGAAAUCUGCUGAGUUGAAGAAAAAGGAGGAGACUUUUGAGCUGAAACAGAAAGAAGAAGCAGAAAAAUUGAGAGAGGAGAUUGAGAGGUGGAACGAGGAAAUGAAGCAACUUGAAGUAAGGAAAGAUGAGCUCAGCGCACUUGAGGAAGCCACCAAAGAGAAAUCUGCUGAGUUGAAGAGAAAGGAGGAGACUUUUGAGCUGAAACAGAAAGAAGAAGCUGAGAAAUGGAGACAGGAGACUGAACUCAAGAGCAAAAAUCUUGAGAUUAAGGAGAAGGCACUGGAAGAAAUGGAGAAAGAGCUUAAAUUGAAGCAGGUGAAUUUAGAAGAAAGAUUAAAGCAACAACUUGCAAAUGCAAAGACUCGAAAGAGAUCAAACCUUGAACUUGAGCCUCUUGUUCCACUGCUGGUAGAGAAUGAUAGUGAUCCUUGUUCUCUUAAUCGGCUAGCCAAAAGACAUAAACCUCAGGAAGCUGAUUCGGCUUGUGCGCCAUUUGGAAACACGGAUCCUGCGUCUACACACAUAACUGAAGCAAACGUUGUCCGUGUAGAUAUUAGUAAUGGGGAUCCUAAAUCUUUAACUUGUCCUGAGGCAAAGUUUAAUGAUUUUAACAAGCCAACGAGCUCUUUUGCUGUCGAUCAAGUAUGGGCUUUAUAUGAUUCUAAAGAUGAUAUGCCGAGGAUCUAUGCUCAGAUCAGGAGAAUAUUUAGGUGGGAAUCCGAUUUGAGUCUGCAGGUGACAUUACUUGAACAUGUGGAAACAAGAAAAGAUGAGAAAUCUAUUCCCACCACUGCUUGCGGGAGAUUCGAAUAUGGAGACACAGAGAUCAAAAGCCAUUUGAUGUUUGCUCAUGAGAUGCAGCACAUCAAAUGUGGCAAACAUGUCAUAGUGAACCCAAGAAAGGGAGAAAAAUGGGCUGUCUUCAGAGAUUGGAAUACAAGUUGGAGCAGCCACUCGGGUCUGCACGAACCUCCAUAUAGGUUCGACUUUGUGGAAGUCAUCACCGAGUUUGACGAUCAUAUAGGAAUUGAAGUGGCCUAUAUGGGGAAACUUGAAGGAUUUGAAUCAGUCUCUCGCCGUGAUGAGCAACAUGGACUCAGCAAGAUCACCAUCUCACCGGGGGAAAUGCAGAGAUUUUCUCAUAAAGUUGCAUCUGCAGAAGCUCCAACGGUUGAAAAUCAAGAUGGAUCUACAAAAGAUCAGGCCAUUAUAAUAGAUUAG